AUGGAGCCGAUGCAGCAAUCUAGAGAGCUGGAGAGAUACAGAAGAAGGAUAGGAUUUUCUCAGGCUUUUGUAAAUAUUUCUAACAAGGUUUGGGCUUUUGUGGAUGAAGAUUAUGAAGUCACAGUACUACUUGAUAUGGAGCAUCAAAUGACCUUAAGGUACUAUGUAACUACUUGUAAGUUGCAUGAUCUUGGCUUCAAGGGUAGUAUCUUCACUUGGUGGAAUGGAAGGGCUAAAGAAGAUUGCAUUUUUAAGAGACUUGAUAGAGUUUUGGCAAACAUGGAAUUUCAACAAUUGUUUCCAGGUGUGGAGAUCACUCACUUGUCAAAAAUUGGAUCGGAUCAUAGUCCUUCUUUAAUCACUUUUGAUCCAAAUUUUGUUCUUGGUAAGAAGCAGUUCAGAUUCCUCAACUUUUGGACAGACCAUGCUACAUUUCAAGAGGUUGUAAAGGAAAACCGGAAGAUUUCUAGCUUAGAAGAGGUGGUACUGGUACCUGAAGCCAGUUUUGAAAUUAAUCCAACAAAGCUCAAUAGGGAGAGGCUUCACAAGGUACAGGCUGAGCUGAUCAGUGAAGGUAGCUGGAUCAAGGGUAAUGAACAACUGGCAGCAGAAGCAGUAAACUUUUACCAAGCUCAAUUCCACGAGGAUGCUAUCCCUACUGCUUUUGGAAUCAUUAACCAUGUACCUAACAUGGUAACUGUUGAGCAGAAUCAAGAUUUUAUGAAGCAACCUACAAAAUAUGAAGUCAAGAAGGCUAUGUUUAGAUUAAAUGGUGUUAGUGCUAGAGGGCCAGAUGGAUUUACAGGGAAAUGUUUCCAUUGCUGCUGGGAUAUAAUAGGGUAUGAUGUUUAUAAUAUGGUGAGACAGUACUUCAAUGGUGAUGACUUACCAAAUUUGUUACUCACAUAA